AAUCCAAAGCACCGCCCUGUUAGGUAGAGUCAGAGGGAGCUCCCCGCCUUCAUAAGGACAGGUGAGGGCAAUUAGUGCCUCUUUGUCUGAGGCCUGGUUGUGUGGCAGGAUUGCUGUGUCGUGCAGUUGUGGUGUGACUGUCCUGAGUGAUCCAGAUGGAGCAUGCUCUGUAGCCCUGUGCUGAAGAGGCAAAGACUCAGCUCCUCCAUCUCCCCUUUUAAGCCAGAGUAGAGCUUUUCAACUGUUGCAUUGCUUCUUAGCAGAGCCCCACAUGAACAAGGUAACUGAAACCAGUAUGGUGAUGUAGGAGGGUCAUGCCCUCUGAGGUAUGUUGUUGUCAGCUGAGGAGACUGACUUUUGUUAUGUUUUUCUUUCCCCUUAUUGCAGAUUUAAGGCCAGACUGCUGCUUUGCCUGAGCCAGUUCGCCAAGGCGGUUGGCGAAUGUGUUACAGACUGUACAACUUACAUAAUCUGUAGAUGGUUGAAUAUUGUCUUUUUAUAUUGGGUGUAGUGACCCUGGAUGUUUGUGAAUCUGAACCAACCGAAUCUCACUGUAUUUUCCGUCUUUUGUUUGAUUAGGCAGUGGGACGACCUGCGGGGAGUAGUCGUGGGAUAUGCACCCCUCCUUGCAUGCAGUGUGGUAUGUUUGAAGGGUAGUGGUCACGUCACUGGUUUAUAGGUUUGACUUUCCUUGCAGUGCAAGUGGUAGUGUUUGUAGUGAUCAGUGUGCACACCAGGUGAUUUCUAUUGGGUGAUAGUCUCCCUGCGGUGAGUACCCUGUUCUGCCUAUUUCUCGCGAUCAUUUAAUCUAAUUGUAUUUUAUGUUAUGGUGAAGCCUUUUGCUAUUUAUAUACUGGUUGUUUUGACCAUUUUAGUAUUGUGGAAUAAACUAAUUUUGACUAGUUUUAUGGUUUCUCUCUUCUUUUUCAGGUCUUUUGCCAGUAUAAUUUAUUUUUAAUAAAUAUUAUUGGAGAGCUGAAUGCACGUCUCCCGCUUUUCAUGAACCCUUUAAAAAUUGUGUCAACGCUCAGAUGGUUGGUGUUUAGGGCUGGUAUAGUUCUAUUCUGGGUAUCGGUCCGCAUUGUAACCUGGGUGGGGUCACAGUGGAAUAAGUAUUGAGAUCCUUUACUUGCGUAUAAGCAUCAAUACAAUAUACAAAAUACUCUAUAAGCUGCAUUCAAAAUCCCAAUUAGACAAAAUUAUAUAAUAAUUAUCUGGAAAAUGUACUUAUCAAAAUGGAAUAAGAAGUAAAAUAUUCCUCUCUGAAAUAUGAUGGAGUUGAAGUAUAAAGUAACAUAAAGAGGAAAUAGUAACCUCAAGCUCUCCUAUGUGUUUGGUAGAGGCACAAGUCAACUAUCUACAUUUACAUUCACAGCUGACAUUCUUGUUCACUUUGUCCACACUGGCCGAAUCUCGAACACUCUCCUUGUCACUGCCUUUUUGGUGGACCUAUCGGGAAGCUUUAGUUUCAUUUCCGUGUUGAAAUCAUUCCUAACGUGUGUACACAUUAUUUAUAAUUACACACAUAUAUCUACAGCAGCUUACUCACCAUUGCACACAUGCAAAACAAAGUCAUGCAGAGUGCAAAUCAUUUACACUGGUGUCCCUGUCUCUACAUGUCUGGCAGUAACUUUCUUGGCCAGUUAGAGAACUUUAAGAUAAGUUUGUUCCUGUUUGUGCUGAAAAACUUAACCUUGUUUUUUCCUGUGCCUCAGGAUCAUCAUCUUCACUUCAGCUACCUGCCCGCUCCUUCCUAUCAGCCACACUGCCUCCAUCUUCAGUUCCACUUUGCCUGGAUCUCAGCUAUAAUCCUCUCACCACUGCCAGUCAGUAGAUGUGAGGAUACUGGCAGGCAUUCAGAUGACUGCACUCAGCUUACCCUGACUGCUAAUCCUCUUGAUGGAAGGCUUUUGGCUCAAGUAACCCACCAAACCGCUCCUGUGCUUCUGUAUCUCUCUGGAAACCACCGUGAACAAAUCCAGUUCUACGUGCUAACAUCACCCAAUGUACCUCUGAUCCUUGGACACCCCUGGUUAAUCAAACACAGCCCUCAUCUGGACUGGGCUACUGGUAGGGUGGUGAGUUGGAAUACAUCUUUCCAUGACUCUUAUUUGCAAUCUGCUCUCCCCCCACCAGAGGCAGCUGCCACCUGACUGUGGAGGUGGGUGUGGUUUGCGCUCAGCUGCAGGAGGGAGAGGUGUGGGCAAGGCUUGGGAGAGCGGCACCAGGUGAGUUGAUUACCUCACCUGCCCUUGAUUACCUGAUGACUCUACCCUUAUCUUUGCAGUAGUGUGCUGGGCCAGAGAGACGCUACCGGGAGUGCCACUGAGAGCCAGAGGCGACUGAGCUAGACUUUGUGUGCCGUGUGAGCAGUACGCUGAAUAAAAGUGGUGUAUUCAACGACGGAGUGUGGUUGUUUGUGUGCUGAGGGAACCCCGUCUGUAGCUCGACGUGCUACACUGACCAGUCCCUGAGCCGCCAGAUUUGUCAUCUGUCCCAACUGAAUAUCAUGAUUUGGGGGAGGUCUUCAGCAAGGAGAAGGCCCUUUCCAUGCCAUCUCAUCCUGAAAGGGAGGCAAUGGAAAAGUACAUCAACAACUCGGUUGCUGCAGAUCGCAACUAACAAAUCGCUAAUCGUCACUGGACUCCUGCACCUGCCUACAAACCAGGUCAUAAGGAUUGGAUUUCCUCUCUAGACAUCCCCUUAAAAACAGACUCUAGAAAACUCUCUCCUCAUUACAUUGGCCCCUUUCAGAUUGAAAGAAUGAAUAAGUAACCCCUCAGCUGUCAAACUUCACCAGUCAAUGAGAAUAAAUCCCACGUUUCACGUAUGACAACUAAAACCUGUAUCAGUCAGUCCUGUUUUUCCCGUGCCUUAGAUCCUCACCUUCACUUCAGGUACCUGCCCGCUCCUUCCUAUCAGCCACACUGCCUCCAUCUUCAGUUCCACUCUGCCUGGAUAAUCCUCUCACCACUGCCAGCAGGAGCUUCACAUCACAGUUUCAUCAGCUAGUUCUCAAUAAACCCUUACUUUGGAAAUCAUAACCAACCUAGUUUGUGUUCUGCUUGUGGGUUCGUCUGUUUAACAUAACAAGGACAGUGAAAAUAAAAUGUAUCAUUGAAAACAAAACCAGAACUGCAAAAAGGAAACAUUAGCACUGAGACUUUUGAACAAUGUUUUAUUGCAACGGAAACAAGUAUUGACACUGAGUCGAGAACCCUUUUCUUCCUGUACACCAACAGCUGCACCUCCAGUCACCAGUCCGUCAGACUCCUGAAGUUCCUGGAUGACGCCUCCCUCAUUGGGCUCAUCUCUUGUAGAGAUCUGCCUACAGAUGGGAGAUUGACCGUCUGGUGACCUGCACUCAAAAAAGUGAACUCUGUGAGUUGUUGAAUUGAAUAAAUGAUCCAAUAUUACAUUUAAUUAACAUUUCUGUGUUUGGUUUUAAAACCAAGUCCACUUUAAUAAGUUUAACUUAAAAUGAAAACUUCUCAAAGCAAAAGAAGCCAGCUAAGUAAAUUCAACAUAACACUGUUGAGUGAAUUGCACAAUCAAACUAAGAAUGCUCUAGAUGGCUUUCUGCGCAUGCUCAGAAGCUGAUUCCACAAACUCCACUGUUGCUGUGUGCAAAUUGGCGGGCGAAUGUGUUCUCGGUCACGAUCUUACCCUGCUUUCAUCAAAUGACAUCUAUCUCUGUCUGAUGAGUGAGUGGGCGACCAAGAGUGAGGGAGCUCCGUCAGGACCGGUCAGGACAGACUGCGCUGAUCACUCAGAACUGUGUGUCUUCCAUACAUUUGUGAGCUUGAGGACUGGACAGUCUGCAUUUGUUUGUGGCUCUUCAGUAGUGAAUAACCUGUCAAGCAAUAUGGCUACACCGGCAGUGCUUCGCAUCAUCCUUGGACAAAAUGACUCUUCCAAAAUAAGCCUGCCUUCAGGAAUACCAGAUUCUGUUGAGGAACUAAAAAGUGAGAUAAAGAGACAAUGUGAGGUGGCAGGAGACUUCAGACUGCAAUACAAGGACAGUGACUUUGAUGAGUUCAUAAACCUGAAGUCCACCUCAGACAUUCAAAACAAAGCUACUCUCAAACUGAUUUACCUCCCAAGUGCUUCGUCUCUAACUAGCCCCUGCCUGUCUUCAGUGGAACCCAGUCUGGAUGAGACUGCUUCCAUUUCAUCUGUGGACACUGACAUUCUCUCAUCCUCUAGCUCAUCAUCAUCGUCCCUCAGAUGUGAGCCAUGGCCAGAUGUCUUUCCUGUGCCUGAGUUCGUCUAUGAUGUCGAGCUCCAACUCCAGCGUGCUAAUACUGACUUUCAAAAUAAUGGUAUCCUCUUCAGUCCAAGUCCAAGAAUGAAGUCAGACAUUCUUGAAAGUUUGGCAUCCCAGAUAAUCAAAUAUAAAGCUUAUCCGUGCAAUGCUGAAUUUGAUGCAGUAGCUGAAGCACUCGUGAAGAAACACCCAUGUUUAAAGGAGCAAGGUUCUGUUUCUGGCUUUUAUGGGUGGAAAAUAAGCUUGAAAUAUAAAAUGGCAAACUACCGCACAAAACUGCGCAAUAUCGGAUGUUCCGAGCUGAAUGUGAAUUCCUUCAAGCGUAAACAAGGUGAUCCACGCACAUCUCCAAAUCAAGUGAAGAAAGCUAGAAGAGCAGAAGUGAACUACUGUCCAGAUUAUCCAACAGGACAAUCCCAAGAGAGCCUUGAGGAAGAGAGACUGGCAUUAUUGUCCGAAGUAAGAAAGAGCAACAACCAACAGGUGGUUAAGGAGAAAAUGGAGAAGACAUUUGCUUACAGGCGGCAUGAAGUGAUUGAAGAAAAGCCUUUCAUUGCUGAAUUCAAAAGAAGGUGGCCAGCUCUUUUCUCUGAGCAGGAGGUAGAAGCAGAGUUUACUCGCAUCACCACUGUACCACUGAGAUCGAAAUUCAUGCAACAGCUGGAUCAUCAUUCUACACAGCUGAUUACAAUCUUCAAAAGAAAAGGAGGAGCAGCAGGGCGGAAAAUAAGGACUAUCAUGGCAGACUUGGAUAAGAAUGAUGCUGUUGAAACAAGAAGAGCCUGUGUACUGAAAGCACUAAUGGUUUACCUCAAUGAAGACCCUGAAAAUCUCAUAAGAGAGUACAUGGAUGUUGAAGACAACCAGGAGGCUAUGGACCAGACAGUCCUGGGAAUCUUUGCCAUAAAGAUGGAAGGUGCAGAGUCUACAGAUGGCCUUGCAGAUGUUGGAAUAAUCAUUGAAGGUGUGGAAGUGCUCCAUGACCUUGAUAACACUGCAAAUGCAGUCGCCAUUUUGUUUGGCCUCAUGUACUCACUGGACCUGAGCUAUCCAACAAACCUGAAGUACACAUUUGAGGUUCUGCAAAAACUUGUGAUGGAACUCGAUGGCAACAAACUUUCAACAAAGGCUCAAGUGCUAAAGAACAAACUAUUUGAAGGAACAUUUUAGAGUGUAGUGCUCCUGAGCAGCACAGAAGAAACUUGGAGGACAAAUUCCAUCCCAAACCAUCUGGCAGAAAACUGAUUUUUGGAUCUGCAUGUUGAACUGUGAACUGUGAACUGUGAAGAGUGGAUCAGAUGCACUAAAUGUUUAACAGAGUUGAGAAAAUGUUUACAAAAAGAGACAAUAACAAACUUGAAAAACACAAAUGAGAAGUUUGAAUUCACGUCAGCUGCAGAAGUGGAGAUCAACAAUGUGAAAUGGAGAGUGAUGGGUGAAUAUUGAAAGUUGUAGCAAGGAGGAUGAGAGAAACAAAUCGAAAUCGUGUUUAUGGUGCUGUGAUCAAACGUUGACCAAGUUCCUGUUCAUAAGAUUUGGUACUGUCUGUUGAAAAUGUACGUUGGACUACUUUUUUUAUUUUUCCUUUUUUUUCCUUUGUGAUUUAAUUUUAGAAAACACUGCACUGAUUUGUUUGUUUUUUUACCCCUACAAUGCUGAAGUGGCAGGGAGGAAAAGAUAAUUUUGAAGUAUUUUUACUUGACAUUUGUUCACCCUAUUCAUGUAGAUGGUUCUACAUGAAUAGGAUGGAUCUUUAAAAAAUCAGUAUCUAAUGUUUCAUUGUACAGUGUUCAGUAAUUGUGAGGAGAAAAAAGCCAUGUUCAUUCUGCCUGCUUCUUAAAGAAUAUAGCUUUAAGUUUUGGUUUGGUUUUGUAGGUCCUGUAAGAGAUUUUUGUUUUCAUUGGGCAUUUUAUACAAAUUUAACUGUAAACAAAAUUGAGUAUUUUAUAGCAUAAAAAACAUUUUAAUAUAAACAUUUUUAUUUAGAAAUGGGGAAAUAAAAAUAAGCUAUACAUGUUGAAAAAUGGUUUUUGAUAUGCAGGAGCAAUUUUAAGGUAUAACUCACGCAAAUUCAAAGUUUGUGGUUUAAAAUUUGUUUGUUUGUUUUGUUUGUGAUUGUUGUAGUUUUCCAUUGGCAAUAAAUAAUAUUUUUCACAGAA